GCAGCUGUACAGCAGCAUCAUGUCGUUGCGUGCAACCAUUAACAUUUUCCACAUUUUACUGCUGUGCUCUGUGAUGGGGCGUGGCAUCUGGGCAGCCGAGCUGAGACGCGAUGAAACGUACCCACCGCCGGAGUUGCUUAAGGAGCUGCAGCCCGUGCAUGACAGCUGUGUGGGCAAGACUGGAGUGACUGAAGCGGCAAUUAAGGAGUUCAGCGAUGGGGAGGUGCACGAGGACGAGAAGCUCAAAUGCUACAUGUACUGUGUGUUUGAUGAGACCGAUGUGCUGCACGAGGAUGGCGAGGUGCACCUGGAGAAGCUGCUCGACCGUCUGCCUGACUCCAUGCACGACAUUGCGGUGAACAUGGGCAAGCGUUGCCUCUAUCCCAAGGGCGACACGAAGUGCGAGCGCGCCUUUUGGCUGCAUCGCUGCUGGAAGCAGGCGGAUCCCAAGCAUUAUUUUCUCAUCUAAGCAUUGACGACCGUUCGCCCAAGCUAAGCCCAACAAAGACGCUUGAUUUAUGUUUAUAUUUUAUUCCCUGUAUUUUAGUUA